UAAAGAAACGUUUUAAUAUCAUCAGAUGGAAUCAUUCUGAAGAUUGGUUUGUAUAUAAAUAUCAAACACAUAAGCACAUCAAAUCCAGAGAAAGACAAGUAGAAAUAAUGACGGACGACAAAGAUUAUAAUUAUAUGACCGGUCACGUCAUUGACGGAAAAAAUUUGCUACCUGUGACAGGUUAUCUAAUGCUUGUUUGGGAAACCAUUGGAAUGACGAAGAACAAAAUACACACAUCAAUUCCAAUAGUAUUUCGAGAUAUAGAAUUUAUUCGGACUACUCAUUUUUCAAAAGAUGGCCCGGUGAAUUUGACAAUUGUGAUACAGAAAGAAAGCGGCAAAUUUGAAAUCACUGAAGGAGAUAGCACUGUUGUAACAGGUGUAGUGCACGCUACAUCAAAUGCUGAACAAGAAACGGUGCCGAUUAAUCUGUUAUCGAUGGAUAUUGACGAGGAAGAAUGUAUGAAUUCUCGAGACAUUUAUAAGAAAUUAAGACUAUGCGGUUAUCAAUACAGCGAUGCAUUCUGUGGUUUGAAUAGCGCAUCAGUCUCAGGCAGCAAAGGGCAUAUCACUUGGACAGGUAAUUGGGUAACAUUCAUGGACAAUAUGCUGCAGAUGUAUAUAAUUGGAAAAGAUACCAGAAACUUAUAUAUUCCAACGAGUAUUGAAAAAUUGGUAAUUAAUCCUGCACUUCACGCAUUAACGUUGCGGGACGUGACAUCCGAAAAAAAUAAACAAAUACCAAUACGUAUAUAUAAAGAAAUAGACGUAAUUAAAUCUGGUGGAAUAGAGAUACGCGGCUUGAAAGUUACCUCGAUUUCUCGCCGAAAACCAAUUGGAAAUCCCGUUAUCGAAGAGUAUAAAUUUAUACCUCACCAAGAUCGCGCUGAUAUUUCGUUAAAUGAAACAAUUCGAAUAUCGACGCAGCUCGCGUUAGAGGAUCAUCAGAUCAGUAAAGCAACAAUCAUUGAACUAGUGGAAGAUGCAGAUAAUGUAAUGUUAGAAGAUCUAUCAUCGACGUUACUGAUUGAAGCUUUUGCUGAUAUUCCUUUAAUAAAAGCAAAUAUUGCUAUACUAACAUCGCCGAAUCGUUUCAAUCCAGCAGAGCUGUCUUCAAAUGUUUCGGUCGUAGAUUUAAACAAACCAUUUAUUGGCGACAAAGCUUUGAUAGCUACAGGAUUCAAUCUUUUGACGAAACAUCAGAAUUCAUUAGAAAAACUUUUGCCUCUUUUGAGGGAAGGCGGUUAUCUCUUAACACGCGAAAAAUGCAAUAUAAAUAACUACGACAAAUAUUUGCGUAAAUAUGCAUUAAGUGUUAUUCUGGAAAAACGUAUGAAUAAAGAAGUAAUUACACUUUUAAAGAAAAAAGUUACGAUAAAAAAUACAAUUGUUGUCUAUAUAAAUAAUAAUAAUUUUAAUUGGCUCGAAGACUUAAAGCAGCUUGUAGACGACGAGAAUAAACAUGAUGACAAUAGCAGAAUCGUAAUUGUUGGAGAGGGAGACUUGAAUGCGGCAUAUUGGGUUUUAUUAACUGUUUGAGAGAAGAGCUAGGUGGACAACUGAUUAGAGGUGUGCUUAUUCAAGACAAGAAUGCUCCAAAAUUUUCUCUACAGGAUCCGUUCUAUAUGCAACAAUUAGAAAAAGAUAUGAGUGUUAAUGUUUUGCGACCUAAUAAAACUUGGGGAUCUUAUCGACAUUUGCGAAUACCGCAUCCAGAAGUCGAAUCCGUACCUACUGCUUACGUAUGCCAAAUGGUUUGUGGUGAUUUAGAUUCUUUUCGUUGGAUGGAAAACAAUAUAUCAGUUGAUUCUCAUCGCAAGAUAUAGUACGUGUAGUCUAUUCGUCCAUCAACUUUAGAGACGUAAUGCUAGCAACUGGCAAAUUAACUUCUGAUUUCACAAAAUCGGGACAACUUCAGGACAUGAGUCUUGGACUGGAAUAUGUAGGAUACGAUGCCAAUGGACAGCGAGUAAUGGGUAAUUUCUCAUAAUACGUAUGUAACUAUAUAAUAUACAUAUACAGGGUGUUUCAGAUCAAACGCAGGUCCUUGAAGAAGUGGAUAGAUUUCGAUAACGUGAGUAAAAAAUGUCCGUACAAGAAAAUUGUGGGGUCAAUAGUUUUUGAAUAAAAUGCAUUUGAAGUUAACCAAUUACGGGGUUCGCAUUUCGCGCCAUCAGGAGCGGCGCGGCAUGAAUCAUUCUUGUUUGCAAUACAUUCUGCCACAUCAAUUAUAUAUCGUUUAGAAAUUAUUAUUAACACUAUCAU